AUGUUGGAAGAAAGAGUUCCGUUUUUAGAAAUAAAUGAAAAUAUAAACAAUAGAAGACGCCGGUAUUUACUAAACAACAGUUUGAAUGUAGAUAGCGGCCCAAUUGGUUUAACGCAUAUACACAGCGGGUCAACAACCGCUAUAAGCGAGGUCAAUGAACUAGCUCGCGCUGAUAAGGACGUACCUGUCCGAUUCUCACGAGAUAUUCUUGUCUCGGUCGCACCACUAACUGUACAUCGCUGCGAGGCAAGUUCUCCAGUGAACAGCGGGUCGCAAGUGGAGGCCCUCACCGUGGUUUCGACGAAUGUACCCAAUUGUGCUAACACCGCUGCGCCUGCGCCUAUGCACUCCGAGCCUACGCCGAUUAACCAAAACAGUGCGAAUAAAAAACAUGAAAGAACAAUGAGCUCGGGAUGUAAAAGGUUUUCCGAUGUGGUGGCGUCAAUGGAAACCAGAAGCACCAAAGGAUGA